AUGCCUCGCGGGAAGAGGGACGCCGUCCUGCUGUCCCACCCUGAGCUGCCCGUCACCGAUGGCGAGGGUCCCCGCAGCGGCGUCGAGGGCCGGAGGUCCACGUCGGAGGAGGAAGGCCACCUCCCCGGCCACCUCCCUGGCCUCCCCCGCGACGACCUCGCCAAGAGCAUGUCGGGCUCCUCCGUCUCCUCCUACCACUCUGCCCUAUGCUCCGAUGGGACCGAGACCUUCAAGGACUGCCUGGAGUUCCUGGACGAGGAGGCGCCGGUGCCGCGGGACGCGGGGCAGAGGGGCAGCCGUGCUGAGGGGACUGCCCCGGGACGCUGGGCAGUGGCGGGGGGCCCCAGCGUCCCCCCGCCGCCCGUCCCCCUCGCCCGCCCGCGGCAGGCUCAGCUGUCCGUCGCGGCUAAGAAUAGCCCAGCGCUGGGACAGGGGGGCAGGAUAGGUCCCCUCGGCGGGGACCGGCAACCUGCCACGGCUGCCACCACCGCCAGCAGAGAGCUGCCUCCGCCUCCGCCGCCCGAGGGGAUGCUCGGAGGGGCACCCAGCGAUUCGGACGAGGCGGACGGCGAAGUGCGGGCACUGACAGCCAGGGCUUUCCGCAGCCUCUCAGGUCUUCCCGGGGCCCAUCUCGACAUGUGCAGCUCCCACACCUCCUCCAGCCUCUCCAACUCGCUGUCGGAGGACGGUGGGCGGCCGCGGCGGUGGCCGGUGGACAGCGGUGAGCCUCGGGGCACGGCACUGCUAGGCUUGCUGGGGAAGGAGCAGUUUGAGUGUGUGGAUGUCGAGUUGGAGAGCGGCGAGGCCAGGAAAGGCUACUGCAAGAAGAGGACUGUCCCUAAGCGCCAGAUCCUGCUGAAGAGGAAGGAGAGGAAGGAGACAAGUUUUGGGCCCAGGGGGGACAUCUCAGUCCCCCAGCCUCUGCCCCCCACCAGGAAGGACCCCCUCAGCAAGGGCAGGGCCAUCGGAGAGGACUUUAAGCUCAACUACAAGCAGUUCAUGAAGACAGCAUCCCUGGACACCAACGCCGACAAGACGAGAGCAGCCUCUUGCCUGGUGAAAAACGUCCUCGCCAAGAAGAUGCAGUACGAGCAGAUGAUCAAGAUGGAGCAGAAGGGGCUGCGGGGCAGCUCGACCUCUUCGGGGCCGUCUUCCACUGGCACCGACCUGCUAGGGGAUGGCCUGGAGGGCAAGUCCAGCUCGCUCUCUCGCUCAGACUGCAGCUUCUCAGCCGAAGACUUACGGGGCAGUGGGAUGCUGACAGCUGCGGCGGACACAGCGACUGUGGGGGACUCCAUCACCACGCAUCCCGCCAAGGGAGUGGUGCUGAGUGAGGCGAUGAGGGAGAACGUCUGCAAGCUGAAGAAGACCUUCAACGAGCUCAACGAGAGGAUGAAGUAUCAGGAGGUGCUGGAGGGCCACCGGCUGCCUGACGCUGAUGAGGAACCGGAGUCGGAGAGGACUCGCUACCGGCGAGCACGCGCCUUGUUUGAAGCCCACUCCGGGGUGGGGAAGGCGCUGGAUGUUGCCCCCAGGUUUGAGAGGGUGCCCAAGCCGUGGCCCAGCCUGAGGGAGAGAGCCAUCUGCCCCAGUCACCCCCAACCCCCGCGCUGCGAGGCCAACAGCCGGGUGCUCCCCUCCAUGCCAUCACGCCAUCUCUUCACCUCCCGGGCGCAGGACGUGAAGCUGCUGCCACAGAGCCAGCAAGAGGAGAAGCCACCGGUGGUGUCCCACCAGCUGCCCAACCCUGGCUCCAAAUGCCGGGGGUCCCCACCAGCCCCUCCCCCUAAGCCAAAAGAGAAGGGGAAGGGCUGCAUCCCGCAGCCCCGAGACGUGCGCAAGCUGGUGAAGAACAGCUACAGCCUCUGCUUCGGCACUGCCAGCUCCUCCCGUAGUACAUCCCGUGGCACAGCCGGUGGCACCAUGGCACCAGCCAGCAGUGGGGAGCCACCCCCAACCAGCCCUCUCGUCAUCCACUGCACCUCGGUCCGACGCCAGGAGCCCGUGGCAGAGCUGGGGGAUGAGGAGGUGCUGGCAGCCACCGGCCAAGAGCCAGCCCCGGCGUGUGCCGAGGGACCCACAAAGCUCCCCAGCAGCCAAGCCUCUCCCACUCAGGGCUCCCCUGUCAACAUCACGAGGGUCCAGGCCACACGGAGAGGGGUGGCCGCUGCGGAGGGACCACCGGCAUCGCCCCCACGCCGGGAGCGGAGCGAGCUCAGGGUGCCGCCAAGGGCAGCGGCAGCCGAGGGGGUGCCCCACGUGGAGACCCACCUCCACGUCCUCGUGGGCCGGAGGUCCCCAGCCAGUGCGUCCUUCGGGGCCUCCGCAGCCCCCAGCCCAGCGGCGGGCAGGGAGGGCUCCCCGGCUCCGAGCAGCGCGGUGCUGCGGACGGAGAAGACUCUUCUCCUCCCACCAUCUCCCUCGAGUCCCACGGAGGCAAAGGAGGGACGUGGCCGUGGCGGCACCGCAGCGCUCCAGGGUGCUGAGGAGCUUGAGUCCACUGUACAGCAGCGUAGCAGCAGCGACAGGAGGGACCCCCAGGGCGGACCCCCGGCCGGUGACAUCGUGCACCCGCAGCCUGAGAAGCCAGCAGCAGGGAGAGCACCGCAGCCGCCCACCAGAGAGCAGAGGCAGAAGCAGCCAGUCAGCCAGCCGGCGUCCGCAGGGAGUGGUGGCUUCGCUGCUGGCACUGUCCCUGCCGCCACACUGCGAGCCGGGGAGGGUGGUGAAGGUGCCUCUGGCCAGCCGCCGGAGCAGAGGGAGGCCUGGGAGCGUUCGCCCAAGUGGCCUGCAGUCACCGAGCCGCAGCUUCCUUCUGCCCCGGCAGACACCUCCAACUACUUGGCAAUUCCUGUGAAAGCUUCCAGAUCCUCUCCCAUGCCGAAGCUGCCCUUGGUCCCCAGCCCUGCCACUGCAUCCUCUGGGACCUCUGCAGUCCCCAACACAGCCAGCACGCCCUUUGGGACCCCCUUGCUCCCCAGUCUAGCCAGCACAUCCUCGGGGACCUCUGUAGUUCCUAACCCAGCUAGCAUCUCCUCUGGGACCCCCUUGAUCCCCCAUCCAGCUAGCAUCUCCUCUGGGACCCCCUUGAUCCCCCAUCCAGCUAGCAUCUCCUCUGGGACCCCCUUGAUCCCCCAUCCAGCCAGCAUCUCCUCUGGGACCCCCUUGAUCCCAAAUGCAGCCACUGUGUCCUUUGGGAGCCCUUUGGUCCCCAGUCCAUCCAACAUGUCCUUUGGUAGCCCUUUUGUCCCCAACCCAGCCAGCAUGUCUUUUGGGACCCCUUUGGUCCCCAACCCAACCAGUGUGUCCUUUGGGAUAUCUGCUGCCCCUAACCAGCCCACCAGCACAUUGUUUGGGACCCCUAUGGUCCCUAACAUGACCAACUCACCCUUUGGCUAUCCAUCAUCCAGCCUGGCCAGCACAUCAUUUGGGACCUCCUUGGUCUCCAAUCCCACCACCAAAUCUUUUGGGGCCCCUUUGAUCCCCUACCCAUCCAGUCCAUCCUUUGGGACCCCUUUGGUCCCCAGUCCAUCCUUCGGGAGCCCUUUGGUGCCCAAUCCAUCCAGUGCAUCCUUUGGGUCCCCUUUGAUCACCAACCCAAUCCCCACUACCCUUAGGCACCCAUCAGUCUCCAGCGUGGCCAGCUCAUCUUUUGGGUCCCCUUUGGUCCCCAACCCAGCCAGUGUUCCACUGGGGACUGGUUUGCAUCCCCUGCCCGGUGGGGAAGCACCUUGGAGCAAGCUCGGCCCUGAGCCCCCCCUGCCCCAGCCCCCUGAGGGCCUGGUGACUGCGGAGCAUCCACUGCUGCUGCCCUCAGCCCAGCCCCAGCCCCGCCUCGAGGACCCUGCCCACUUCCUAAGGAGGACCGACGGAGCCUCACCGAGCAGCAAGACCAUGCCGAGCCCCACCAAAGCUUUCGCCCCCCACCUGCCCCCGCACCGGAGGAUGCUCGUGGAUCCCGACAGCGGGAAGUGCUACUACAUGGAGCCGCCGCGGCAGCCCCAGCUGAAGACGCUCUAUGACCCCGAGACCGGGCAGUACCUGGAGGUGCUCAUCCCACCGGUGGCAUCACACACGGGCCUUUACCAGGCUCCUUUCAACCCCCUGGUCAUGGCCCCGGGUGUCUAUGGUUCACCCCAAGUGCCCUACGGCAGCUUCCCAGGGCUCACGGCACCCCAAGCACCCUCUGCACCCUCUCCGGUGCGCCCUGACCAGCCAGCUGCAGAGAAUCCCAGCUUCUCCGGGACCUUCAGCUCGGCUCCCAAGGGCGAGGGGCCGCCUGCUGCCGGGGGUCCUGACUGCGGCUACCUGGAGAGCCUGUACUACAUCCCCACCGGCAUGCGGGCCAGCCCCGGCCCCAGCCAGCCCCCUGCCCACGCCAGCCCCGCCGAGCCAGAGAAGGCACCGAUGCUCCGGAUGUGA